UAUCCCGCCUUGGGCACACUGCUCGGAUUGUUUACAUUCAUAAUUUAGCAAAACAUCUUCAAAUUUAUUAGUAUCGACAUUUUUAAAGAGUUUUAAGAUCUUAACAAAAGAAAAAUGGCUGCCUCACGUUCCCGGCGCAACAAUGCUGGCAACAAAAUAGCGCAUUUGCUGAAUGAAGAAGAGGAAGACGACUUUUACAAAACAUCAUAUGGCGGAUUCCAGGACGAAGAAGAGGAUAAGGAAUACGAACAAAAGGACGAAGAAGAGGAUGUAGUGGACUCAGACUUUAGUAUUGAUGAGCAAGAUGAGCCCAUUUCCGAUCAGGAAGAGGCUCCCGACAAGAAGCGAAAACGUGGAGGUGUUAACACAAAGGCUUAUAAGGAAACCAAGCCAGCAGUCAAGAAAGAUGCAAAGGUCGUACCCUCCUUGCACAAAAAACGAGGCGGUGGUGGAGUGGUUAAGCGUCGUGUACGCCCCCGUUUUACGGUCCUUGAUUCUGGCCGAAAGUCCAUACGCACUUCGACGGCCAUCAAGACGCAGGCUACCAAAAUCCGUCUCAAGGAGUUGGACGAUGCCCGCAAGCGCAAAAAGAAGAAGGUCCGUGUGGAGGACUAUAUGCCAACGCAGGAGGAACUAUUGGAGGAGGCUAAGAUUACCGAAGAGGAAAACAUUAAAUCUCUUGAGAAGUUCCAAAAAAUGGAGUUAGAAAAGAAGAAAUCCCGUCCCACCAAGCGCACCUUUACUGGGCCCACUAUAAGGUACCAUUCACUGACCAUGCCGGCGAUGCGAAAGCCCACUCGUGGAGCCAGUAUUCCAAACGACUUAAAAGAUCACACUGGAAAGUGUGAGCGCACUUUCGUCACUAUCGAAAACGAUUUCAAUGACAAGGCGUUCCAGAAUAUUUUUCAACAUAAGCCGGCACCCAAAGUCAGUAAUGGCAUCUGUCCGAUCACCAGGUUGCCAGCCCGCUAUUUCGAUCCUGUUACCCAGCAGCCGUACUACAGCAUCCAGGCCUUUAAGAUUCUUCGUGAAGCAUAUUACAUGCAGCUAGAGCAGCAAGGAAGCGGCAGUGAACAGCCAGAGUUGGCUAAGUGGUUGGAGUGGCGAAAGUUGGUCAAGGAGAAUCGGCUAAAGGCUUCAGCAGCUGUCAGCAAAAAGGAACUCAACUAAAACUGCUAGUAAUAAAUAAGUUUGAAAAGGUAUAUAAUAAAUAAAUAAUAAAAAACAACAACA